ACCCACCUACAUCUUUACGAACUCAGUUAAUCACCGUUCACGACUAUCACCAUGUCCAACGAUAACAACAACAGCAACAACGGCCCCAACAAGACCACCGGCCAGUUCCACUCCGUGAAGGGAACUGCCGUCGAGGCCAUCGGUAACGUCACCGGUGCGACGUCGUGGACACAGUCCGGUCGCGAUGAGCACGCCAGGGGCGAGGGCGAGUACCAGGCUGCCCAAGCCGAGGGUUACGUCGAGGGAACCAAGGACCGCGUCGGCGGCCGCAAAGACGCCGUCGUCGGUGCUCUGACUGGCGACCGCCAGCAAGAGACGAUCGGCAACGUCCGCCGUGACAAGGGCUCGGCUCAGCAGGAUAUCAACCACCCCACGUCGGUCAACAACUGAGUCAAGUUGUUGGCAGAGUCGAAGAUACCCUAGUGUAACCUCGCCGUACUGGCACGCUUUGUAUCGAUAAUGUUAGAGGACGUUGGAUAAUGUAGACAUGAAGAUCCGGAGUCAACUCAUCUUGUGUGCUGCCGAACGCGACGUGCACUCAACUUGCAUUCAGCUUGCAAUGGACUCUCAUUUUGUCUCCGUGUCCAGAAGCGUGACAGGCAAGCGUACAUUGUAUCAGACCCACGAGGUAGGGUAUGUACGUGAACACCGUGCGCCUGGUAGGCUCUGCCAGUGUACCG